GACUCCCUACGCCGCCUCUACAGUACAGAGAGGUUCCAGAUCAUCACAGAAUCACUCCGCAGGUAUUCCACUAUCUCAGCCUCGCCCUUCUCACAUUCUUCAUGGUGGAGCUGUUUGGAAAAAUCUAUGCGUAUCGCCUAGAAUUCCUCCACCAUAAGUUUGAGGUGUUUGAUGGGAUUGUGGUGGUGGUAUCCUUCAUCCUGGACAUUGUAUAUAUCUCACAGGAAGAUGCAUUUGAUGCCAUGGGGCUUCUGAUCUUGCUCAGGUUGUGGAGAGUGGCCAGGAUCAUAAAUGGUAUCAUUAUGUCUGUGAAAAAUCGUGCCCAUCACAAAGUUCAGAAAAUAAAAGAGAUCAAUGAAAACCUUGUACAUCAAGUAAAUGAACUUCAAGAGCAACACACAAAAAUGGACCAAGAAAACGCCAGGCUUCGUGCGCUCUUAAAACUGCACGGCAUUGAGUUUUGAUGCUCCAAGGUUAUUCAUUAAACACAUCACAUGAGACUGAGCUUAAGACUAAUCAUGUCUAUUCAUUCCAUAUGAAAUGUGAAGAAGGUCAGAUUACAGUGUGAUGUGUUUAUUGUCACUCAAAGCCAAGCUGAACUUGAUCUUUGUCCCCUGGCAGAUCUUUAACAGCACACAUAAAGGGAGAUGAUUUUUAAAGCCAGUGACUCACGUAGGUCAAAUUAU